CUUCGCACGCCCCCGUGGCCGCGCCGUACCACUUGCGUGCGCGCACGUGUGUACGUCGGUGUGUGUAUGGUUAUUUUUUCGAUUUUUGAAUAAAACACACGAUGGUGAUCUCACAAGAGGUACUCUCGAGGGCGGAGGAAAUCGCCGACCAGGUAAUACGCAAUGGCAAACAUGUGCUUCCUACAUUGGCACGACUAUGUCUUAUCGCUACAUUCCUGGAAGACGGUUUGCGAAUGUGGUUCCAAUGGAGCGAGCAGCGAGAGUAUAUGGACGCGUCAUGGGGCUGUGGAAAAUUCUUGGCUACAAUCUUUGUCCUUGUGAAUCUUCUCGGACAACUUGGCGGAUGUGUCAUGGUGAUUGCUAGAUGGAGAGUCAGCAUAGCCUGUGGUGUCCUAUUCUUCAUCGUGAUACUGCAAACCAUAGCCUACAGCAUCCUAUGGGAUAUGCAAUUCUUAUUUAGGAAUCUGGCUUUGAUAGGAGCAUUGCUUCUUGUACUCGCUGAGUCCCGUGUCGAAGGUAGAUCACUAUUCGCUGGUGUACCUAGUCUCGGCGAUAACAAACCUAAAAAUCUACUACAAUUGGCUGGUCGAAUUCUGCUGGCAUUUAUGUUCAUCACGCUGAUCCGCUUUGAAAUAUCCUUUUUACAAAUUCUUCAAGACAUUGUUGGCAGUAUUCUCAUGGUAUUGGUGACAAUUGGCUACAAGACUAAACUGAGCGCGUUACUACUUGUCGUCUUACUCACUGCAUUGAAUUUUUAUCACAACGCAUGGUGGACCAUUCCAGACUACAAGCCGCUCAGGGAUUUUCUUAAGUACGACUUCUUCCAGACAUUAUCAGUCAUUGGAGGUCUCCUGAUGAUAGUCUCUCUAGGUCCAGGUGGAGUAUCAAUGGACGAGCAUAAGAAAGAAUGGUAGAAAUAAUCCAAUUCACGGAUGUAAAAGGAUGCAUACAUCAUCGGGUUGUUGUCAUGAAAGUUAAAGCGAUUAUGUCUCCCAUUCCUGUCCCUUUGUACGCUCAAAGAAAUUCUAGGCGAAUUAUUGUGUGUCAAACGACAAGAAACCUAGUACGUCGAUAUAAUUGAUCCAGAACGAUCGUUCUACAUUGAUCACUCGAUUAAUCAAGAUUCACGUUUUAUCAUUGUGACGAAAAUAUUCAAGAUUUGGAAGUGAUCUAAAACUAUCCGCGACACUUCAAGACAUGAAAUUAGCGUGAAAGAGAAGAAAAAAAAUAUACAAAGACUAAUUUAUAUUAUGAAUAAUGGCAUUGUACAUAUGACACUGCGACCGAUGUGAAUAAUGUAUUUUUUCCCCAUAUGUUUUUAAUUCAUCUAUUUUUAGUUGCGAGCUGAAUUAAUUGUUUUGAGAUUCAAGUUUGAGUACCGGAUAAUAUGCUUCCACUAUCUUGAAUCUACAAAUUUUCGGAGAGAAGAUAUCCGUUGAUCUUAGUUUCACUCAUAAUUUUUUUUAACUUAAUUGAUUCUGUAUAUAAACGUUCCAGAUUUGUCUUAAUUGCGAAGAGUGAAAGAAAGGUGUUAGUGAGAAAUCAGCAGGUUUAAGGGUUAUUAGUUAGCUCCAAUAAUAUACGUCAUGCGAAAAUAAACUGGUCUUAAAAUAGCACGCAUUCGAGUCCAUACGUCAGAAAUGAGAAGGAAGGUGCAAC